ACUCUAUCGAUUUGAGCGAUGGGAAAGCAAAAGAAUGGAAAGCAUUCAACAAGUGAAAUGGAGGAAGCAAGCGAAGAUGAUGGUAGAGGCUCUCAUCAAAGACCUAAUUGCUGUGAUACAACCAUUAUGUCAAUGAUGUGUUUCUUCAUGAUCAUUGCGUUAGCUGCUGGAAUACCAAUAAUUCUUGCAUCAAAAGGAAUCGGGAUUGAUCUUCUGGAAAAAUUUGAAACAAUUCAAGAGGAUCAGAGUACUUAACUUUUUAUUAUGAAAAUAAAGUUAUUCAGUCAGA